UUGUGGAAGGUGCGGUGACAAGUAUUUUGUCUUUAUUUCCGACUUUCAUGGCUUGAGAUCUCGAAUGAUUUCGCAGCUACAAUUAUGACAACAAACGGCGAUGAAAAGAUUGAAAAACAGGCGAUUUUGGAGCGGUUUCGCGACGUAACUCUGACUGACGUCACCACCGCUGUGCAAAUUUUGGAGGCUUCUUGCUGGAACAUUGAAGUUGCACUUGAUAAGUAUUUGUAUGCAAAACCAGAUGACAUGGGGACCACAGGAAACCCAAUUGAGAUCCUAGAUUCACCUGAGAAACCACCUGUUCAGCAAAGUUCAGUGAUGCAGGCAACAUCACAAGACAGUCAAAUAAACACAAGUGACAAUUUAAAGCUGUUGUCAUGGAAUAUUGAUGGUCUUGAUGGAAACCAAACAAGAGAAAGAACAAGAUAUGUCAUUAGUCUGAUCAAGGACAGGCAGCCAGAUGUGGUCUUUUUACAAGAGGUUAUUGAUGGAACAUUUCAGAUAUUUGAAAGUCAACUUCAAGAAUACAUGGUUCUUAGAGCUUACACUGGAGUAGCUUACUUCAAUGCAAUGUUGUUACGAAAAACAACAAUAAAACCAACAACAGAAUUCCAAUGCAAGCUUUUCAUGACAAGUAAAAUGGGUCGUCAUAUCCUCACUCAACCUGCCCUGCUCUAUGAUAAAAUCAAGUUAGUUUUGAUGACGUCACAUCUUGAAAGCACCAAAAACUGUGUACAAGAAAGAAAGAAACAACUGAAAGAGGUAUAUACUGAGAUUUCUURGCAGGAUGGAGAGGAGUUUGUCAUAUUCGGUGGGGAUACAAACUUAAGAGAUAAAGAAGUUCAAGAUGUCGGCCUUCCUUGGCGUAUUGACGAUUUGUGGGAAGCCUGUGGAAGUAAUAUAACUACCAAGUACACUUGGGAUACCAGCAAGAAUGACAAUUUAGGCAUGGAAUGGAAAUGCAAGUUGAGAUUUGAUAGAAUUUACUAUCGUAAAAAUAACAACAUUUCCUUGAACCCUGCUUGUUUCACAUUAGUUGGUCAGGAGAGGUUAGCCUCAGGUUGUUUUCCAAGUGACCAUUGGGGAAUUUGGUGUGAAUUUGAACAAACUCACUUGCAAAAGAAUAAAUAGAAAAGAUGGAGGUAGAGAAGGUCCAUGUAAAGCUGUAGUGGACAGGAAAUCCAAGAAGAAAUGCAAGGAAAGUUUUUUGUUUUAAAACAC